AUGUCAACGGGCUGUCAGAAGACCACUACCAGCAAGGCCAUUCCGACCAGGCGGGUGACCAUAAACGACGCGUCGCACAUGCCCAACGACUACUCCACUACUCCUGGAGGAACUCUGUUCAGCACAACACCUGGAGGUAGCUAGCUAGUAGCUAGCCUUUAUAGAACUAGCUAUAUUUCUAUGUUAUAGAUAUGUAAUAUGUAAAAGCAUGACUGUUUGUGUUUAUAGCUAACUCAACGAGACAUGAUUACCAUGCGUUCGAGCUGUGCAGGUGCCCAUAAAACAAAUAUCGAUAGGGUUAUCAAACCUCUAGACAAAGGACACUUGUCUAGCAAUCAAAGAAAUGUAUUUAGCUAAAUGUUUGUGGUGCAAUGUUGUAAACUGACAAAGGCUUUAGCCUGCGAUAUGCUCAUGCCUCAUCGCAUUGCAUACAGUAACUGUUGUUGUUUUUUGUUUCAGCUGGCGUGCCAUUAUUUGCGUCAUCAGCUUGUUAGCUCGCUAACGUUAGCUUAGCUUUUCGUGAACCACCACGGUCCUCAUACCUAUGUUUCACUGUGGUUCAGAGACUUGCAAUACGACCUAGCUAAGCCACUCAUAUUUGUGUAAACUCAAUAUGAGUGAUUUAUAUUGCAUUGUACAGCCUUACCUAUGGAUUGUGGAUCCAUGAAAUGGGGUAUCAGUCUACUCAGUGAUACACACAUAACAUAACUAUGUAGACUGGUGAGCGAGCUAAUGUGGCUCAUUUCACAUUGGGAUCGGAGUCUUGCAAUAAGACCUAGCUAGCUAAGACGGUAAUAUUUGUGUUAACUCUACACAAUUGUGUUCUUUGGGUGUCACAGUAGGCUAAUACCCCAUUUAAUGUAUCCGCAAUCCAUAGAUAAGGCCGUACAGUGCAAUAUGAUUGUCAAUACGUACAAUAGGCUGGAUAGUGAGGUGAUUCCCCACAGUUACAGUUCCACAAUAAGAGCAAUGACACUAAUAUUAGUGUAAACUCUAAACAAUUGUGUUCUAUGGGUGUCACUGAGUAGACUGGUACCCCAUUUCAUGUAGUCACAAUCCAUAGGUAAGGCUGUACAUCUAUAGGUAAAGCUUUGUAAAUGCAGGCAUCUUGUGUUUUAUGACAGGCUUCUGUAACAUUUCUUCCAUUCAACAUUUUCAUGAUCUAUUCAAGCAGUGUUGUAGUCGCAAUUUUAAUGACUUGUGACUUGCCUUCCCAUGACUUGUAUUUGCACUUGGACUGGAUAGGCUACUGUGAUAAGCAGAAUAUUAGCAUUUCUGGUUGCGCAGAGAUGGUUCUGUUCUGUUCUCUAGCAGUAGGAAGGACGCAGCACACACAGCCUACAUCAGCUUGUGAGCAAGCGAUGAGUGUGGGCAGGCAGGCUCUGCCUCCGAUCAUAGUCUACACGUCACACAAAUAUCAGUCAGUGAUUACAAAAGAGUAGCUGAGAGCCUGUUACAAUUAUUGCAAAUAUUGAUCUGGUCAGGAGCAAUAGCCAAUUCAUUCUAGAGACCAUUCAUCCCUUCAAAACAUCAUUACUGAUUUGACAUAACUAUUGAACAUUAAAUACAAUUUGUGAGCCUGUGUAUGAAGGACUUAUUUCAAGAAGCAGUAGUCUAUAGUCAAUUUCCUAGGCAAUUAUGACCAUUUGGCAACACAUAAACCAAUGUGUUUUUUGUUGUAAUUAACCCGAUUUCGUGGUAUCCAAAGUCCCUGUCCCAUCGCUGCAACCCCCAUACGGACACGGGAGAGGCGACGGUCGAGAGUCGUGCGUCCUCUGAAACACAACCCAACUGAGCCGCACUGCUUCUUGACACAGUGCCCGCUUAACCCGGAAGCCAGCCGCACCAAUGUGUCGGAGGAAACACCGUACACCUGGCGACUGAGUCAGCGUGCACUGCGCCUGGCCCGCCACAGGAGUCGCUAUAGCGCGAUGGGACAAGAACAUCCCUGCUGGCCAAACCCUCCCCUACCCUGGACGACGCUGGGCCAAUUGUGCGCCGCCGCAUGGGUCUCCCGGUCGCGGCCGGCUACGACAGAGCCUGGAUUCGAACCAGGAUCUCCACUGCGCCACUCAGGAGGCCACCACAUAAACCAAUGUCAAUGUGGUAUUUCUUGUUAAACUCCGACACAGUGACUCAGACUUGAGCACUUGGACCAGGACUCGAGCACUGGGACUCAGACUUCAGCCAUAGGGACUCGUGACUCAACUCGAGCACAGAGGCCUUGGGACUCGACUCGGACUCAAAGUUUAGUGACUGGACUACAAAACUGCUAGACGCAUUGCAAAGUAAAAUAACCUGACAUUAUCUAAAAUUAAGUAUCUGACAUUUUAAAAGCAGCUCCAGAAAACAUACUUGUUUGCAUCAUGCAUGGAUUGCAUGCCAUUGUGAAUUAAAUUAUGAAUAUGUAGGCUAGGACACGGUUGCCUAACCUAUCAUGUGAUGUGUUUAAAGCAUUUCCACACGAGGCCUUUCACUUCCUCCCUCUUCACUUGGUCACAGCUAAGGCGUUGGUGGUGGCGUUCAACACUGAUUCAGAGAUGAUUAACGCACUAGCAGGACCUGCCAGAUCAUGUUGCAGUUUCUUAUCUUUCAGCAGCUGCCAUUUUGCAUGAACCCUCUGUCACAAGAGACACCAUUAACAUAUGUGACAUAUAAUUUUAAAUGCAUCAUUUACAUAACUUUCAAUGCAUUUAUAAUUUUGAAUGUUAUGUAAAAUGUGGGAUGCACACUGUCCAAUUUACCUCUCUAAUAUCAAUCCAAGGUUAAGAGGAGGGGUAAUGCUGAGGUUUUUCCUUUUGGGCCACUUAUCAGUAUCAAAUGGGAAAUUCUGGCACAGAAAGCAGCUGGCCGAUAUAGCUUGCAUUGAACCACCAUUUGGUUAGCAGAUAUCAGUGACUGUACUCAGUGGGCAGAUUGUCACAGAGGACAGUACAAACAGAACGGUUUUUGCACAUAUCUGUGUCAAGGAUUCAUGCAAUCAUGUUGAUGCCAUUAGUUUUAUUUUGUGUUAAUAUGAAGGUUAGUUUGUUGUAGACUAUCUGUUGAGUUUGUUGAUGUAGAUUAGGCCUUUAUCUGGGAUAUCUGGCAUCGCUCUCGGUUUGAUUAACCAUCAGAUUAAACAAUACGCAUGCAUAGCAAAUCAUUGGGGCGGUAUGUUGAUUUAUGCACUUGGAGAUUAUUUUGUAAGGAAAAGCACUUUACAAAUGUAUUAAAUUAUUAUUUACCCUGAACAAAAAUCUAAAUGCAACAUGUAAAGUGUUGGUCCCAUGUUUCAUGAGCAGAAAUAAACAAUCCCAGAAAUGUUUGAUAUGCACAAAAAGCUUAUUUCUCACAAAUUUGGUGCACAAAUUUGUUUAUAUUCCUGUUAGUGAGCAUUUCUCCUUUGCCAAGAUAAUCCAUCCACCUGACAGGUGUGGCAUAUCAAGAAGCUGAUUAAACAGUGAUCAUUACACAGGUGCACCUUGUGCUGGGGACAAAUAAAAGGCCACUCUAAAAUGUGCAGGGGGGGGGGGGGACUUAAAACAACUGAUUUCCUUAUAUGAACUGAAACUCAGUAUAUGUAUGUAGGGCUUUCACUUCACACACACACCUCAGUGUUCCAGAACAUCCAGACAACUGUUAGCUCACACGUCACAGUGAGAAAGAGGCACUGUACCUAAUCACUCAUGGACAGAAUACGUAAACAAAUUGAUCAUCUGACCAAAUUAUGCAAGAUUUCAAGUCUGGGUUAACCAAGAUUACACUACCUGACGUGUAUGUGGUUUAACUGCAGCACAGGAUUAGUACUAGGCCUAUAUGGAGGGAUUGUGCACCAAUGUAUGAUCUGUUCGAUCCAUUACAUUUACAUGAACAUCUCAUACCCUCCUCUCCCCUCAGGUACAAGAAUCAUCUACGACCGGAAGUUCCUGCUGGAGUGCCGCAGUUCACCACUGGCCAGGACUCCCCCGUGCUCUCUCCCCAACAUUCCAGGAGUCACCAGCCCACCCUCCAAACACAUGAACAAUGUAAAGGCCCAUAACGGAGAGCCACUGAACAACAUCACUGCACCUGCUGACAAAAGCGCUGGUAAGAACAUGAUCCUGUCAGGCAGGCCAACUAUUUACUCUUCAUACGAAAUGUAUUAGUUUUAUGGAAAAUAUGCAAUGUUAUUUAAUAAGUGAAAUAAGAUCAAAUGUUCAGAUUUACUGGAACCUAAUGGGGUUUGGGUAAUUUUUAAGUUUCAAUAUUUGCCUCUUAUGUCAUUAUUGCCUGUCAGACUCUACAAAUAUUUAAGGUGAGUAGGAAAUAAAUAAAUUAACACGUUAUGUGUGUGUUUGUGAAGGGGACGAUGCACAGUUUGAAAUGGACAUCUAA